UCCGGGGCUUUGUGCGAGCCCGGGCGAUAGCAUCGGCGGCGGCUGGAGGAGGAGCGGCCGGAGACGCGUGCAGCCCGCCCGCCAGCGCCCGGCAGCCGGGGCAGGUGGGAGCCCGCGCGGGAGCCGAGCCGACGCGAGCCGGAGCUUGAGUCGAGUCCGAGCAGAGCCCGGGCGGAGCCCAGGAGCCUCGCUUGCGGGCAGCCCGUGGGCGGCAGCCAGGCGGGGCGGGCGCCGGCGGGGCGGCCCCCCAGUAAGAUGUGCGCAGCGCCGCGGGGCGCCCCCCACUCGCAGCGGCACUCGGGAGCCGGGCGGCUGGGCCAGGCGGCGCCUCGGGGGCUGCUGCGCGCCCGCGCCUAGAGCUGCCGCCCCAGGGAGCCCGCCACGGCCGCGCCCCGGGCACGCUUGGCGGCGCCCAACGAUGACCGCUCCCUGGCGGCGCCUCCGGAGUCUGGUUUGGGAAUACUGGGCCGGGCUCCUCGUGUGCGCCUUCUGGAUCCCAGACUCGCGCGGGAUGCCCCACGUCAUCCGGAUCGGAGGAAUCUUCGAGUAUGCGGACGGCCCCAACGCCCAGGUCAUGAACGCCGAGGAGCACGCCUUUCGAUUUUCUGCCAAUAUCAUCAACAGGAACAGAACCCUGCUGCCCAACACCACUUUGACUUACGACAUCCAGAGGAUUCACUUCCACGACAGCUUCGAGGCCACCAAGAAGGCCUGUGACCAGCUGGCCCUGGGCGUGGUGGCCAUCUUCGGUCCGUCGCAGGGCUCCUGCACCAAUGCAGUCCAGUCCAUCUGCAACGCCCUGGAGGUGCCCCACAUCCAGCUGCGCUGGAAGCACCACCCGCUGGACAACAAGGACACCUUCUACGUGAACCUCUACCCCGACUACGCCUCUCUCAGCCAUGCCAUCCUUGACCUGGUCCAGUACCUCAAGUGGCGGUCGGCCACCGUGGUCUAUGACGACAGUACAGGGCUCAUCCGGCUACAGGAGCUCAUCAUGGCUCCGUCGAGAUACAACAUCCGCCUCAAGAUCCGCCAGCUCCCCAUCGACUCGGACGACUCGCGGCCCCUGCUCAAGGAGAUGAAGCGCGGCCGGGAAUUCCGCAUCAUCUUCGACUGCAGCCACACCAUGGCCGCCCAGAUCCUCAAGCAGGCCAUGGCCAUGGGCAUGAUGACGGAGUACUACCACUUCAUCUUCACCACUCUGGACCUCUACGCACUAGACCUGGAGCCCUACCGCUACUCCGGGGUGAACCUGACCGGGUUCCGCAUCCUCAACGUGGACAACCCCCACGUCUCGGCCAUCGUGGAGAAGUGGUCCAUGGAGCGGCUGCAGGCGGCUCCCCGGGCAGAGUCCGGCCUGUUGGAUGGAGUGAUGAUGACGGACGCGGCCUUGCUCUACGACGCCGUCCACAUCGUGUCCGUGUGCUACCAGCGGGCGCCCCAGAUGACGGUGAACUCCCUGCAGUGCCACCGGCACAAGGCCUGGCGCUUUGGCGGCCGCUUCAUGAACUUCAUCAAGGAGGCUCAGUGGGAAGGAUUAACCGGACGGAUUGUUUUCAACAAAACCAGUGGCUUGCGGACAGAUUUUGAUCUGGACAUCAUCAGCCUGAAGGAAGAUGGUCUGGAGAAGGUUGGGGUGUGGAGCCCUGCCGACGGGCUCAACAUCACGGAGGUUGCCAAAGGCCGAGGCCCUAAUGUCACAGACUCUCUGACAAACCGGUCACUCAUCGUCACCACUGUGCUGGAGGAGCCCUUUGUCAUGUUCCGGAAGUCCGACAGGACCCUCUAUGGGAAUGACCGGUUCGAGGGCUACUGCAUUGAUCUGCUCAAGGAGCUGGCCCACAUCCUGGGCUUCUCCUAUGAGAUCCGGCUGGUGGAGGACGGCAAGUACGGGGCGCAGGACGACAAGGGCCAGUGGAAUGGCAUGGUCAAGGAGCUCAUCGACCACAAGGCAGACCUGGCCGUGGCUCCCCUGACCAUCACUCAUGUCCGUGAGAAGGCCAUCGAUUUCUCCAAGCCCUUCAUGACUCUCGGAGUGAGCAUCCUGUACCGCAAGCCCAAUGGCACCAACCCCAGUGUGUUCUCCUUCCUCAAUCCCCUAUCCCCGGAUAUCUGGAUGUAUGUGCUCCUCGCCUACCUGGGUGUCAGCUGCGUCCUCUUUGUCAUCGCCAGGUUCAGCCCCUAUGAGUGGUACGAUGCCCACCCCUGCAACCCCGGCUCCGAGGUGGUGGAGAACAACUUCACUCUGCUCAACAGCUUCUGGUUCGGAAUGGGCUCCCUCAUGCAGCAAGGGUCUGAACUGAUGCCCAAAGCUCUGUCCACACGCAUCAUCGGGGGCAUCUGGUGGUUCUUCACGCUCAUCAUCAUCUCCUCCUACACGGCCAACCUGGCCGCCUUUCUGACCGUGGAGCGCAUGGAAUCGCCCAUCGACUCUGCCGACGACCUGGCCAAGCAAACCAAGAUCGAGUACGGGGCUGUCAAGGAUGGGGCCACCAUGACCUUCUUCAAGAAAUCCAAGAUCUCUACUUUCGAGAAGAUGUGGGCUUUCAUGAGCAGCAAGCCCUCUGCUCUGGUGAAGAACAACGAGGAGGGUAUCCAGCGGACGCUGACAGCAGACUACGCGCUGCUCAUGGAGUCCACCACCAUCGAAUACGUCACUCAGAGGAACUGCAACCUCACCCAGAUCGGGGGCCUCAUUGACUCCAAGGGCUACGGCAUCGGCACGCCCAUGGGCUCGCCAUACCGGGACAAGAUCACCAUCGCCAUCCUGCAGCUGCAGGAGGAGGACAAGCUGCACAUCAUGAAGGAGAAGUGGUGGCGGGGCAGCGGGUGCCCCGAGGAGGAGAACAAGGAGGCCAGCGCCCUGGGCAUCCAGAAGAUCGGUGGCAUCUUCAUCGUCCUGGCCGCCGGGCUGGUCCUGUCUGUGCUGGUGGCCGUGGGGGAGUUCGUGUACAAGCUCCGCAAAACCGCAGAGCGAGAACAGCGUUCCUUCUGCAGCACUGUGGCCGAUGAGAUCCGUUUCUCCCUCACCUGCCAGCGUCGGGUCAAGCACAAGCCUCAGCCUCCCAUGAUGGUCAAGACUGACGCCGUCAUCAACAUGCACACAUUCAAUGAUCGCCGGCUUCCGGGCAAGGACAGCAUGACCUGCAGCACAUCCUUAGCCCCUGUGUUCCCCUAGGCUCAGGUGGGGUGGGGACCACAGGCCUGAGGCAAGGCAAAAGAAACUGGAAACUGGAAAGAACAUCCCCAUCCCCACGCUGGGCUUGGGGACCAGAGCUGCUGCCUGCAUGUUGGGCCAGGAACUCUGCCCUGACCCACCAGGACACCAGCAGGCCCCCAGGCCAGCUGUGUGGGCUUCCUUCUCCUCCUGUCUCUUCUAUGGGUUUCUAAAGCUGCCAGCCAAGAUAGCCAAGGCCAAAGGAAGCACAUGCCUCUCUCAGGCCAAACUCACCGCCCCUCUGCUUUCCUCUAGAGUCAGAAGUAUCUGCCAUGGCCCCACAGAGGCCACAGAAAAUGGGAAAUAGAUCUUACAUUGCCCCUCCUUCUGCAAGAGCCCAAGCCUUCUCCGUCUUGACCAUGAGACCAGAGAUGCAAAACUGGGCGCCUUAAGGAUCUUAUAGUGGAGUUGCCCUUGGGAGCCAAAGCAUGGUCAUCCCAUACACCUGGGUAAGAGGCAGGCUUCCGCCCUUGAGGGCUGUGCACACGGCCCUGAUCUUCUGGACUUGGCUUUACCCAUGGCAGCCCCUUGACAAAGUCGAAGGCAGAAUGGGAAAGAGGAGAGAAGAGAAUGCACAGAUAGAAGUCGCCAUUUUGAAUCCGUAUGGCUUCCACUCCUCUAAAAGGGGUAGUAGUCACACAAAUUCUCCACUUUCUGGCCAGAGAAGAGAAAACCCCAUAAAUCUCUCACAAAGGAUGCCCAAAGACUCAUCUGAUAUUUGAAGCCCAGCAGAGGAACAGUGAAUUCCAUGAAAAACCCACAGGCCCCUGAGCCAAUGGACCUUACUUUGCUGGUCAGCAAGCUGUUUUCUAAACCUGGUUGGCAUUGGGAACCUCCCCCAUGCCUAGCCAGAUGAACUUGGCCUCGCUCUCAUCCUGAAAGAAUAGCCUUGAUUGAAGUGAAAGUCAAGUUACCCCUUCUCAGAAGAGGGGUCAGUGUCCUACUGAACAGGCUAACUUUGGGGUAGGUGGGAAAAUCCAGAGGGGACCCAAAGAACUCCUAGCCAAACCUAAAGAUGCUGCCCAGAAACAGAAAGUUUUCAGGAGCAGGAUGGAUACAGGCCCCAAGGGCAGGGAGGGAGAAGCUGCCUCCUGGAGAAUUAACCAAAGACCCAACACAGAGACAGGGGCCGUCCUGGCCCCUGGUCUCUUCUCUGGAGCAGCUAUGGCCUCGCUGGGCUUGGGGGAGAGAGCAGAGUAAGAGCGUCCAGUGCAGCGCCAGCGGGGAGGUGGACCAGAUGACCUGUGGCUUCCAGCUUGCCAUAAUGGAGACCAUAGAGGCCUGGGACUCGAAGAUUCUUGGAGAAGAACGAGGCGUGGAGGGUUAGGCACAAAGUGUCCUUAAAGAGAGCAUGUUAGGGCCAGCAGGCCUCCAUGGCCAAGGGUAAGGAUAAUUUCUGGGCAAGGAGAGAGGACUGGAAGUUCGGGAAAGAGAAGCAGGGGACAACAGCCACCUUCUCCCACCUCUGUCCUGGUGCUGCUGGGGAAUCCAGGGAGAAGAGCUACCUUUUCCCCUCCAGGACCUUCUCAGUGGGGGUGAAGCAUCCGCUCUUGCAAAACGGGAGAUCCCGUGGGCACAUGUGAUCAAUCCUGUCUCUCCUCCAGACUGAGCUGGACCCACCAGGUGGUUCCCUGAAUCACAGCAGCCUGGCUGACAGUCUGCACUGGAGGAGGGACCGGAGGCCUAGACUGCAGUGGAACCCGGGCACGGGUGAUAGGAGAAGCCAUGCUGUCGCAAGCUCCGCGGGGUAGGGGUGUGUGCACGGGUGCGAAUUUGUCUUUGUAAGUGUGAGUUUGGGGGCUGAGGGGGAAAGACAGAUUUGGACAUAUAAUGUCCAGGGCACACAAUAAUAGGUGACCCUUUGGGGAUCCAGUGUGUGUGUGUGUGUGUGUGUGUGUGUACGCACAUGAGUGAACUGGGGACUAGAGAGAUAUAUCUGGACCAGCAGUAGAGCCCCAUCUAUGUAAAACCAGGAGAAGCCAUGUCGUAACGGGGUUCUGGCGAGGACACAAGUAUGCAUACGUGAGCAGUGUGUUGGUGUGCGUGUGUGUGUGUAUGUGUGUGUGUGUGCAUGUGCAUUCAUGCACUGAAAGGCAGAGGAUGGAAGGCAGGGUGAGACCUGCAGCAUAGCCAAAUACAUGUCAAAGGAGAAGCCAUGUCAUCGAGGGGUCCACCUGUGGCAAGCGUGGGCACGGGUGGGCCAGUGUGCCCAGCAGCAAGCAGGAGGUGGGUCCAGCUAGACUGUCAUGCAGCGUGGGUCCAUGCACAAGGUGUGUGGGGACUAUGUGGAACUAGAGCUUAUGACUGCGUGUGUGAGCGUGCUCGUGCCCACAUCUUAUGGACACACGUGCGUGUUCCAACUCACGGCAGGAGCAGAGACAGACAAUCAACCAGGAAGGCGGGACAUCAGGGUCUGUUUGCACUCCUGUCACAAGAGGGACUGUGUAUCACAGAUUUGGGGAGGUUGCAUGGGUGCGGGCACGGAUGACAGCCCAGUGGGGGGAACCCUGCAGGGGCUCAUGGCUGGUGACUCCUUUGCUGUAGGCAGAGAACCCUGCUAGGAAGGAAAACAGCUUCAUCUUUGGAAUUCCUGAGACCCGGAUGCUUAUGAAAGUACUUACCAAUUUUCUCUCACCGACCACAGUCAUUCACCACUGUCUGCUUUGUCAGAUCUCACUUCACAUCACAUGCCACAUCCACACUCAUGGCUCACGCAUGUGCUUCUGUGUGUGACGCUCUAUGUCCGUGUCAUGUUCUUCCGAGGCUAUGCACAUGUGGAGAUUGUGAUAGAAGAAAGGACAUUUUUCAUAAAAGGAGUGAAGAAUGGUUGAUAAACAGGCACAAUUCAACUAGGGCAGUUCCCAAAAGGUACUGAAAUAGUUUCUAGACUCUUCUGUGGAGGUGGGAUGGUGCGCUGCCUGGUCUGGCCCCUCCUAGCCUAGGUCCAGAGGUGUGGCUAGUGUUCAGCCCCUGGCUGACGUUCGAAUCCAGCCCCACGGGCCAGGCGCAGAAGGUGGCGCUCCUCUGUGAGGUGCGACGGGAGGGAGUGGGAGGGAGGUGUUCUGGGUGAGGGGAAUCACCAGUUCUUACGGUCGGAGCUUGUGCUGCCCGUGGGGCACGGUUGAGCUGGGGCAGAACCACGCACAGGCGUGUGUCUGGGGCACACUCAGAGUGGCCAGGGGCGUGAAAGCUGGUACCGGUGGAGCAGAAGGUGGAAGGCGCCUGAGCAAGUACUUAAACAUCCCCAUCUGUCCACACACCAGCCCUGAGCAGAAGAGGGCCCACCUCGCCACAGUGUCUCCGCCUGUCCAUCCACGCACGCAGGCCAAACUGAGGAGCGCCCACCCCACUGGGCAACGAGCCCUCCUCUGCCUCUCCCUCCUGCUGUGCGCAGAUAGGCUCCACUGGCACUGGGGUGGCCCCACUCUGCAAGAGAGAAACUGCCCCGUUGGCCAGUAAGCUGGACUCUGAAUCUUUGGGGGAUGGAGGACCGCCCCUCCUCAGUCCAGACUCUGCCUCAGCUGGAAGAGCACAUCUGGGUUCUGCCCCCAGAGUCUCACACCGGAAGAUGAAAACCCUGGCCCAGGAUGUGGGAGGGGUCCAAACAGCUUAACUCCUGGGAAGCAGAGGUCAGACCCAGGCACAGAGUCGCCAAGAUCAGUCAGAGGCUCCUCCCAGCCUGCUUUCCAGCGCGGGCGGGGGCGGGCCGGGGAGCUGCUAGCCUCCUCACUCGGCACGAAGUUGGCCCCUUCCUGAGUCACCCUGCUGCCUGCAGGAACAUCAGGAAACAAGCUCGACUCAGGGCCCACGUCUAGAAUGGCCUGCAUGGAUACCCAUCUGGAAAGGGCCUGGUGGUGUGAACAGACAGUUGUAUGAAUUUAAUAACAUCUGGGACCAGCCAGUCCCGCGGACAGAUGCAAAAAAAGAAAAAAACAAAUGGGCCCAGCUCUGUGAAGGGGUCUGUGGAUUAGAUACAUCUGGAGGUUCCAGGUCGGAUGGACACAUCUGGAAUGGACCCAGACUCUCGCCACAGUGGAAGGGCCCUGCCCUCUGUCCCCAUGCUGGUUUGAAUCAAGCCCUCAUUUCAGUCCUGAUUUGCCCUGAAGUUAAACAUUUCAGAGCUAAGGUGGUACAUGAAGUCACCAAACUGUUUUAGGUAGAAGGUUAAUGUUCUGUACAAUAUAUAUAUGAAUGUAAAUAUAUAUAUAUAUAACUGUAUAUAUAUAUAUAUAUAUAUGUGCACAGUGUAUAUAUGCCCAUAGCCCAUGUGUAUACAAGCCUUCCCCGCACGUCUGCAGAGUGUACAGAACCCAGCUGGUGUAGGUGGGGACCAGGUGAGAGACGGGGGCCACAGCAGCAAGUCUGGGUCAGAGGUUUCAGAAAGCCCUUAGGGUGGGACAGGCCCUUCAUCCAUCAGAGAGACUGAAAAAGAGGGUGGAACUGUGUAGGGCUGGCAGGUGGGCCUGCGACGGGGGAGGGAGGAGCCACAGGACCUCGUGUCAUCCAGGAGUCAGACGCAGGACCGCUGGCCGUGUGGGAAGCAAUGUCAGGCACGUACCUGGCUCCUGUGCCCACGUUGCAUUCUAAUCCUAAGCAGAAGGGCGGGGAGGCAGGGGCCGCUCCCCAGGCCCGGGAUCCUGCCGCCCGCAGAGUCACCCUGCAGGUGUCAGGCUCCACCUGUAAUAACCCAGGUGGUGGCUGUUCUGGGCAGCAAAGGCCUCAGAGUGCGGCCACCACACCAGGGCGCCCACAGCUCACAGCUAGCUGAGUGCUUUUUGAAGAGAAGGGCCUGAGGGCAUUGCCAGCAUGCCACUACAAUGUCCCCAUGGCCUGGGAGCCACCAAUCCUGCUCUCGUUGCCCCUGCCUUUAGAUCAGAGGACCUCACAUCACUCCUCCCGAGGUGGGAGGAAGCAGCCAGGGGCUCAGAAGAAUGCCAGCUAAGAACUCGCUGCCCCCGCACCCCGGACACACUCUCCAGGGCCAGAGGUCAGGGAACGACCAAGGAGCCAGAGAGGUGAAAGGUGAGAGCCAGGGACAGCCCCUGUCCUAGCACAGCCUGGUGCCAUCUGUCUGCCCUGUCCUCUGCUGUGUCUUCCUCAGAGGGCAAUUGGCAGAGGGCCCAGUAAGCCACAGACCUGCCCCUGCCUUGCUGGAUCUCUGUUCUCUGCACUCCAGUUCUUUGGCCCCUUCAUGGGUCUGAGCAUCUCUGGCCCAUGCCGGGGAGCACAGAUCUGGAGAAGCUUCGCGUCGUGGUGUGCACAGCCCACCCUCUGCUUCCGCCCCAGGCAUCAGGUCUGCACUUAACUCUGGGGCCCUGGCCAAGCGCAUCUAAAUCCAACCCCCAAGGAGGAUCCUGUCCUGGCCCCACAGGGACCAGAGGUUCCAGGGGCCCUCCUGCCACUGUGCUCCGAAACCCCAGCCCACCUCUGCCUGGGCCAAAUUCCUGGCUGGGCUUCUGUGAUGGGGACCUCAGUUUCCAGCCCAUGAACUGAGCCCCCAGACAGCACCAUGGGCCCAUGAGAGCCCUGGCCUGUCCUGCCACCCAGACCAGAGUGCCUGGACACCCCCUACUCCCAUUCAACAUGGUUCCCACACACUGGUCUCUGGGCCAUUCAGGGGAUGCCCUUUGUGGACAUGCAGAAUUUCUAUGAAUAUAGUUUUUUGUAAACAUUUUGUAACAAUUUGGGUUUCAUAGUAACUGUGUUACUUGCCAAUCAUUCUAGGCUGAUGUAAAUAAAUUUCCAAACAAAUCUGAUUAUUUUCCUUUUUAAGACACUGUGAUAUAUCAAAGUGCACAGUUUGCUGUAUGAAGUAAUAUGGUUUUAAAUUUUAAAUAAA